AUGGAAGGUGCAAUUAAAACUGGUUGGAUAGAGAAGAAAUCCCACUACCUAAAAAAAUGAAGGAAGCGUUGGCUAGUUCUCGACGAAAAUUUUUUGCGAACCUACAAAUUUCCUUAUCAAUUUGUCAACCCUACAGCAACAAUUAAGAUUUCCUCUAUAGUCGACGCUAUCCCAUACGAAAGCGACUCUUCCAAAGAUUUUUGUUUUAAAAUUUCAACAUCAACUCGUCAGUAUAUCAUUUCAGCUACUUCUGAUGUCGAUAUGAUUGGAUGGCUUAAUUUAAUCAACCAUGCUAGAAGAUCGCCUCAAAUAUCGCAUUUCUCAUCAUUUAACUGUAUGCAUGAGCGAAAAGCGCUUAGCGAGGUCUCAUUAAUAUCGUCCUUUUCAAAGCUUAAAGAAAUCCUUUAUGCUCGAGAGCAAGAAUUAAUUGAAAAUUUAGAUGAAGCUUAUCAGUCGAAUAUUGAAGAAAUAAGCAUAGAAAACUGCCAUUUAGAGAAAAUCCUGCAAAAGGAGACAGAAAGCUAUGGAAAUGUCCAAGCAAUUUUAAAUUCAACUGACAGCAUUGUGGAAAAAAUAAGAAAAGUACAAAGAAUCUCUGCCCAGAGCCUGAGUUUUAAGAAGUUUGAUUAUAUAGAAGGCUAUAUUUUGCAUAAAAAAAAUAAAAAAGCUUAUAAUUCAUAAAAAUUUUAUAGUAAAAAUAUAGAAGGCAUCGACAUCAAAACCUCAAUCCAAGAAGAAAACUUAAAAAAGCUUUUUUCAGGCAACAUAAAAGUAAGCCUAGAAAAUCCACAAGAAGUCAGUGUUAGGAGAACCAAUAUAACAAGAGCUUUAAAAUGAAGAUACACAGGGGAAAGAGUAGACGCUCUAAGCUUUUCUGCUUCAGAAGACGUGAUGCUUACAGGAGUUGGUAUUUGCAUGCCUUAUAAAUUUGGAGGACUUACACAGGUUAAAGAUUUCCAAGUACUUAAAGGUAACACUUCAUCUGCAUUAGGAAUUUAUAAGCACCCUCACAAGUUUUCUAUGCAGUUUAAUCCUGAUGACUCAGUGUUCAAAGUGACUAUGGAUAAGCCUGUGAAUCUUUCCAAAGGAAAUAAAUAUACAGUGAUGUUUUGCAUUGAAGGAUCGCAUACAUUUAAAUGUGUUGACUGUAUGCAGAGUGUAACUGGGCCUGGAGAAGUCAAUUGGGAUUUCGAAAAUACUGUUUUCUCUCAGACUCAUCAAAGUAAUAGAUGUGAUACAAUAUGUGGGCCAAUUGCUGAUUUUUAUUACAUAGUUGGGCAUGCAAGGCAAUAA